AUGACCAAGAACGAGAGUGAGCAGACAGCUGCAGAGACAGCGGGCCCGGAAGAUGCUCUCCAACAAGUUCUUCCAAAAUACGGCCGGCCAUGGUGGCAGGUUCGCCAUCUCCUUGUUCUGAAUAUCUGUCUCAUCGUCCCUCUGUUGGGCAAUUCCACCAAUGGCUAUGAUGGCUCUCUCCUCAACGGCCUCCAGUCCUUGCCCCAAUGGAGAGAUUACUUCCACAAUCCAACAGGCCCUCACUUGGGCGCUCUAUCCAACGCCUAUGUCUUUGGAAAUAUUGCUACUUUCCUCGCUGCCUCAUGGUUCAGCGACAAAUACGGAAGACUGUGGGGCAUCCGGCUCGGCAGUUUUAUUGUAUGCAUUGGAGCUGCUCUUCAAGCUGCCAGUCAGAACUACGCCAUGUUUUUCGUUGCCAGAUUCAUCAUUGGUGUCGGGGGCAUGUUUGUCAUUGUAGCAAGCCCUUGCCUGGUUUCUGAACUAGCAUAUCCAAGCCACCGAGGUGUUAUUACCGCAAUCUUCGGGCCGUCUUGGUACGCCGGGGCUACCAUUGCGGCCUGGGUCACAUACGGAACGAAUUAUAUGGGUGUUUCAGAUGAAUGGGCAUGGAGGCUGCCGUCUCUACUGCAAGCACUGCUCCCUUUGACUCAGCUUUUGGGCUCGUUCUUCAUCCCAGAGAGUCCCAGAUACCUAGUUGAUAAGGGUAAGGAGGACGAGGCAAGAGAAAUACUCGCCAAGUAUCACGCCGGAAACGACGCCGCCAAUAUGCCGCUGGUAGAACUCGAACUGAGCGAGAUCAAGAUUGCAAUCUCCCACGACAAAAAUAGCCAGGAAGUUAGCUGGGGCGCCUUUCUACGGACAAAGGCUAACCGCCAUCGUCUAUUCGUUGUUGUCUGGCUGGCCAUUACUCAACAACUUUGCGGUAACGGCUUGGUGUCGUACUACCUCAACUUGAUCCUCAACUCUAUCGGCAUUACUUCUGCACGGGAACAGUUGGUGAUCAAUGGCGGCCUGAUGGUCUACAAUCUCGGUACCGCCAUCAUCAGCGGCUUCAUCGUCGGUCGCAUCAAGCGCCGGCCGACGUUCAUCUUUGGACUCGGUACCAUGCUCGUCAUCUUUGUCAUUUGGACGGUACUAUCCGCCAUCAACGAACAGCGACACUUUGAGCAAAAGUCGCUCGGUCAAGGAGUAUUGGCCAUGAUUUUCCUCUUCUACGCCACUUACAAUGUUUGCAUGAACGCCCUCCCGAAUUUGUACAUUUCAGAGAUUAUGCCAUACUAUCUUCGUACCAAAGGCACGACGACUUUCAGCAUGAUGAAUGCCAUGACCAACGUCUACAACGGAUUUGUCAACCCCGUCGCUAUGGAGGCCAUCAGCUGGAGGUACUACAUUGUGUUUUGUGGUCUUCUACUUGUGGAGCUAAUAGGGGUUGCUUUGACCUUCCCAGAAACUCAUGGAUACACUCUUGAGGAAGCUUCCGAAGCAUUUGGAGAUGGCGUGCUCGGCACAGGAGCUGCGGCGAAGACUAUUGAGGCAGAAAGCCAUCAUGUUGACGUCGCAUAA